AUGCUUCGUCCAUUGGUUGUAGCAGCUAGGACUCAUGUGAAAAGUAUCAGAGGUAGAAGUAAUUUUGAAAUUCAAAGAGCAAACAGUAUUUCACGAUCAUAUAGUACCGCAACGCAAAUACAUACCGAGCUCAAGGUUAAAACUGCAAUUAUGACCGAGAACAAAAAGGUUACGCACGCCGAUUCGGAAACAGCACCAAUUACAGCGCAACUACUUGCUAAACAGGACAAAUACACAAUAAAUACUUAUUCUCGUCCCCCAAUUAUUUUAUCGCAUGGUAAAGGAUGCCGAGUUUACGAUCUAGCAAAUCGUGAAUAUCUUGAUUUUACGGCUGGAAUAGCGGUGAAUGCAUUAGGCCAUGCAGAUUCCGAAGUGGCUCGCAUUAUUUCAGAACAAGCGAACAAGCUCGUGCACCUUAGUAAUUUAUAUCAUAAUGAAUAUGCAGGUGAAUUAGCAGAGUUGCUAGUUGAGACAACACGUGCAGGAGGAGGAUUUGAGGCAUCAAAAGUAUUCUUUUCGAAUUCUGGUACAGAAGCAAAUGAAGGAGCAUUGAAAUUUGCCAGGAAAUGGGGAAAAUUUAUUGGUAACGAGGAAAAAUAUAAAGUAGUAUCGUUUGUUAAUGCAUUCCAUGGAAGAUCAUUUGGAGCUUUAUCGGCAACACCUUCACCAAAGUAUCAAAGUCCAUUUAAGCCAAUGGUACCUGGAUUUAGCCAUGCAAAAUUAAAUGAUAUUAGUAAUUUAAAUGAAUCGAUUGAUGAUGGCACAUGUGCUGUUAUUGUAGAACCUAUACAAGGCGAAGGUGGUGUUUGGGAAGCAAGCAUACCUUUUAUGGAAGCGUUAAGGAAAAGGUGUGAUGAAGUUAAUGCUUUAUUGAUUUUUGAUGAAAUUCAGUGUGGCCUCGGUCGUACUGGGAAAUUAUGGGCACAUCAACACCUUCCAAAAUCAUGUCAUCCAGAUAUUUUGACAAUGGCGAAACCAUUAGCAAACGGAUUUCCGAUUGGUGCAAUAUUAACUUCGAAACGUGUUGCAGAUAUAAUUAAAAUUGGUGAUCACGGUACAACAUUUGGGGGCAACCCAGUGGCAUGUCGAGUAGCGCUCAAUGUAGUCUCUAGGAUUAACACACCCGAAUUAUUGUCAAAUGUUAAUAAUGUUGGCUCAUAUUUAUUUUCAACAUUUGAAAAAUUGAGUGCAACCUAUCCUUCACUAAUUAGUGAAGUCCGUGGUAAAGGAUUAAUCAUUGGCAUACAAUUCACCCGAGAUCCAAGUCCUCUGGUCCGAAUGGCAAGAGAACGUGGACUGUUAAUCAUUACCGCUGGUAAUAAUACUGUUCGAAUUGUACCGCCCUUAAUAUUAAGUAAAGAAGAAGCUGAAAAGGGU